AUGGGAAACCAUUGUGUAAAGCGAGAGCAGCCUUGUCUUAUUCAAGAAAACGAAACUCUUGACUAUAACCCAGUCAAGAUAGGCAACUUAAUUUUUAUUGACUACUCAAAAUCUAAUAGAAAAUGUGGUUCAGUCCAAGAAUUGAUUUCUACAACCCCUGAUUGUACGCCGACACAGUUAAAUUGCUCAUCAAUUUUAAAAAACAAUGAAACUUCUAAGCACUCAAUUGUUGAAAUUAUAGGCAUGGAUCUUGAAACGUCUGAAGAACUUAUAAUGACUAUUGAAAUACAUGAAAACUGAGCCUUGAUUCAGUUAGGGAAUAAAGAGUCUAUCGAAAAAGUGUUGAAUUUUGAUAGAAGCUUAAGUUAGGCUUAAUAUUUAAAUUUCUGAUAGAAUUCUGGUCGGUAUACUAACGAUUGAGCUCUCACCUAGGACGUUGCCAGUAUCUCUUAGCUACUGAAAGACUUGCGAAAAGCUUUUAUCCUCUUGGCUCAUUUAUUCUGAUUGUUAUUGGUCGCAUGUGGACAGUCCGUACCUUUAUAGUGCGUAGGCUUGGACUUCCUGAUCUCAGCCUUCACUUAUUCUGCUCCAGCUACUUUGUCUUGAACCUCAGCAGGACAUCGUGGGGAUUUUGACAGAAGCAACAUAGAACUUCAUCAUGAUCUUCAGGCAAAACCGUUUAGAACAGGAUUUCAUGGGAUUUUGGAGCAUGUUAAUUAUUUGAUUGGCUUACCCUCCUUCUAAAUUGGAAUAAAAUAUAUAUAAAAAUCCUAUUUUUUGGUAAAUUAGCCCCUUUAAAAUUGGAACAGAUUUUUUGUUCCAAUUUAAAGGGAGAGAUAGGCCUUGAUCCAAAUCAAGAAAACUACGGAAAGUUUCUUUAUCGGCAAAUCAAGCUAUUAAUUGGAUAA